ACCGUUUCAAAGCAGACAACCAACCUCUCCACACACCAAACAAACCCGAAUGAUGAUGCUGCGACUUGGUGCCGUUGCGUGCCUGGUGCUGGUGGCGCUGCUGGGUGCUGCUGCCCCGGCACACGGCGAUGCACAGGCUGUGCGACAGCUGACGCGAGAGGACCUGUCGCACAAGCGCGUGAGCGAGCUCAGGCGGUUUCUCGAGGAGCGCGGUGCAGACUGUCUUGGCUGCGUGGAGAAGACGCACUUUGUGGAUCGGGCACUGGAGGUGCAGAGCUGGCCCCUGAAACCCUCAACGCCCAAGCCCAAGCCCUCGAAGCAGGGCGACCCCGACAUUGACGAGAUGCUCAAGGCGUUCCAGCAGGACCAGGAGCGCAAGAAGAAGAUGCACGACAUGCUGCGCAAGCAAGGCAUCAACCUGGGUGACCAAGAUGACGCCCAGGCGAAGAUCCUGGAGUCACUGCAGAAGAUGCGCAAGCGACCCGCCAAGCAGGACGACAGCGACAGCGCCGACCGUGACCGUGGCAGCGAGGACCACGAGCAGCACAAGCACGAAGAGUUGUAGUGGAUGACGGGCCUUCGAUGGCAGUGUGUGUGUGUGUGUGUGUGUUCGCUUGUGCAUGGAUGUGUGCAUGUAUGCGUGUGUGCUGAGCGCAAACGCAUAGAGCAAGGGCGAAGAGUGUUGUGCUUGCUCUCUUCUUGUCACUGAUACGAACGCGCUUGUAUGACCCACCAGUGCAACACCACACACACGCGCGCGCGCACACACACACGCACACACCAACUAUGUUCCCUGAUGCGACAAUAGAAGACGUACGUAACACACCA